CUGAUGUGUUCCUGUGAAAAAGUUGAUUUUAACAUCACUUCCCGCACCGUUGCUCGGCUUGUUUUCGAGGCCGAGCAGGACAACAGACACGGUGGAAACUCAUCCAAUGGGAGAGUGGACACCUGGAUGGAUUCCUGAAGAACACAAAGACCUGUGAAGACCUCUGUCAUCCCUCUGACUUCUCAGUGAAUUAUUUUGACUGUGAAGCAGCAUCUAUAGUAUUUUAACUUAACUGUUCUCUGGAAACAUGGGGAAUAUUAAAUAAUCUGCAUUAGUCAGUCUCAACAAUAGAACUGGAUUGACUGAACUGAUUAAUGGACUCGAUACACCUUUGGAAAUUAUAUAAACUGUAUUAAUGUCUGAGUUUAUCAUGGUCAGUCUCAAUACUAAUAGUACCAUAAGCCUGACUGAGAAGAAACUAAAAACACUUAAACCCUUAAGAUGACUAUGCCCUCACCUGUGGAGACAGAGGGUAUCACCUCGGCUCAGCCAAUUCCUGUCCCAACGUUAACUGUCCUUCCACCAUCCUCAGAUACUGAGUCAUGGUCUCAUUCGCCCAGCUCAAGACUAUCACACUGCAGUCACCACAGUUGCUCUCGCCACAGCAGGAUCCACACCAAGAAACAUAAUGAAGAAGAGCAAGGCAACGAAAGACUAAAACACCAAAGGGCUAAAAAACCAAAAAUUAUAUUAGAGGUGAUGACAGAGAAGUUUGCCUCUCAACACACCAGGUGCUCUUCUUCUCCAUCUGUGGUCUCUCAGAUGAAAGGAGAUGAGCAAGAUGAAAACAACCCUUCACAGGACCUCCUCCUGCCACCAUCUAACUCCUGCUCAUGUAGUCCCUCACCCACCCGCCGCUCACCUUGGUUCCUAAGGAGUCUGCUCAGCAGAGACUCUGACUGGGACAGUUGCAGCACGGCCAGUAACUCUCCACGCAGCACCCCUGGCAGCUCUCCCUGCCUGCGGCGCAGGGUCCUUGGGGGCAGCAGGACCAGUGAGAGUGAGGGGGGAGGAGGAGAGAAGAACAGUGGUGGAGGGGGAGGUUCAGAUAGCCCUCUGCCCUCCAUACCCUCUGCCUCUUCCCUCACAUCUGCUUACCCACUUGCUUCUCGCCACUUCAGCCGCAAUGCCAAGAAAAUGCAGAGCUGGUACAAUGUUCUCAGUCCUACAUAUAAACAACGAAAUGAGGAUUUCCGUAAAAUCUUUAAGAAGCUGCCUGACACAGAGCGUCUUAUAGUAGACUAUUCGUGUGCUCUGCAGAAGGAUAUACUACUUCAGGGCCGCCUUUAUCUGUCGGAGAAUUGGCUUUGUUUCUACAGUAACAUCUUCCGCUGGGAAACCACUAUCACAAUCCUGCUGAAAGACGUGACCUCUCUGACCAAGGAAAAGACUGCCAAGCUCAUUCCAAAUGCCAUUCAGAUCAGCACUGACAAUGAGAAGCACUUCUUCACAUCAUUUGGAGCAAGGGAUCGAAGUUUCAUGAUGAUUUUCCGUCUGUGGCAGAACGCAUUGAUGGACAAGUCUCUGUCCCCCAAAGAGCUGUGGCAUAUUGUACAUCAAUGUUAUGGAACAGAACUGGGUCUCACAAGUGAAGAUGACGACUAUGUCUCCCCCACCACUGAACACAUGAAUGGCCUACUGCCAGGGGACGAGUCAGUAUCAGUCACAGAUCUAUUAGACCUAAGCUCCGUGUCAGUUCCCCCUAUGAGUAGCUCUCUUCCUCCCCUGGUGCCCUGUGGUGCAGGCACCCCUUCCUCCGUCACCAAUCUUGGAGGUUCUUCUUCAUCUUCCUCCAUUUCCUGUUUGCCAAUAGAGGUGCCUUCCUCAGCAGGACACAAACUCAGUACAGAUCCACCAGAACCAAGCCCACCGAACUCCCAGGGCUCACUGCCAUGUACCACUCCCACCAAUACCUCUGUCCCAACCUCUGCUGCUGCUGCUUAUUUUAAUCUGCAAGAGGGUGGAGACUGUGUACCUGAGUCAACUAAUCACAUGCUUCCUCCACCAACCACAACCCUGGGAAACCUCUCUUCACUGGAUAUUACCAAUGAUGAGGAACUCCCCACAGACCCCAGCAAUUCCUCUGACACACAAGAAGAGAGUGAAGUGGAGUCUUUCUGUGCUGACUUAAGUGGGCGGCUGAACAUCAAUGCCACAGUUCGUAUGAGUGUGGAUAAGCUGUAUGACCUGCUCUUCUCUGCUGACACACACUUCAUCCAGCAUCUCUUCUCCCAGCGACACUUCACUGACUUGUCAGUGGGUGAGUGGCAACAGGACAGCAACAGCGGGAACACCAGCCGUGUACUUAGCUACACAAUUGCCCUCAACAAUCCUCUUGGUCCCAAGACUGCCCCUGUGGUAGAGACUCAGAUCUUACACAAGAGUAGUGCACGGGGCGAGUGCUUUGUGGUGGACUCAGAGGUUAUCACCUCAGGUAUCCCAUACCAGGACUACUUCUACACUGUCCACAGAUACUGCCUCACCUCCAUCAACAAGCAAAAGAGUCGCCUAAGAGUUUCUUCAGACAUCUGCUACAGGAAGCAGCCUUGGAGCCUGGUGAAAGCCCUAAUUGAAAAGAACACCUGGAGUGGCAUCGAAGAAUAUUACAGACAUAUGGAGAAUGAGGUUUGUAAAUUGGAGACACUCCUGCAAACAGAGGUUUCUGUGGUAACCACAGCUGAAGUAGUCGGUGCUGAUGCUGCAAAGACCCCACCCGCUCUGCGCCGUCGUAAACGUACCUGCUCUCGACGCCAAAAUGAGAGGGAGAGGGAGAGAGAAGGAGGAGGGGCUGGCCCUGGAGACAGAGGGGGGCUUGGAGUUGGAGAGGAGAGGGACAGGAGGGAAACCAGUCCUCAAUAUAUGAAGUUUGGUGAACGGCAACGUGGUGGAGGUCACAACAGUAUAUCCACUAUUCUCCUCAUAGUCAGCUUUAUGAUCUGUAUCAGUCUGGUGGUGCUGGUGGCUCUUAACAUGCUAUUGUUCUACAAGCUGUAUGCUUUGGAAAGAGCAGCCCAUACCCUGGAGACAUGGCACUCCUAUUCUGUUGCUGACAGUCCUCUGCCACAGACAGCUGGAGAGUGGGCUCAGGUCUUGCAUCUCCAGAGGCAGUUUCAUCAGGCUCAGCUCAGCAAGUGGCAGCAGAUCCUGCAGUCAUCGGUCACGCUGCUUGACCAGAUGAAGCAGUCUUUAGAAAAGCUCCACCAAGGCAUUGUGGUCCCUGAGGUAUCUACUGCUGACACCCUGACAGAGUCCCUGACUGAAGCCUAAGCCCCACGUUGUGUAACUGAUGUGGCCUAUCUGAUGGACAGGUGGAGAAUUUUCAAGGAAACUGUCAGCUUCGGUCAGCUUCUUGCAUUUCUUUGACAUGAAAAACCACAGCAUAUAAAGUGAACUACAUGACCCACAGCUCCCUUUUCCUGGCUGACAUGAGAUGGUGACGGUCAGCCUCAGCCAGUAACAACUUUCAUUCAGACUGCGAUUACAAGUUGACCGGAUGUGAUGAGGACCAUAGCAAUAAUUACCCUAGAGCUGCAAGUCAUAUAUUUUGUUUUGUAUGGAAAUGCCACAGGGCAACCCACUCACACCUUCCACUCUUUAAGAAUAAGUACCACAUUUUAAAAUGUCUGUUUGAAAUGACUUGAAUUCAGAUAUCCCUAAGUUUCAGAAUUUCAUAUUCCAUGACCAUCACAGAAUACUACAGUUCUGUUUUGACCUGAAACAUUUCAUGCGUUCAACGGGACAGCAUCAGUGAUUAUGGGAAGUGGGGGACUCCUGGUCUACUCCCGACAACAGAAUUAUGUCUUUGCCUCAAGUGGAAUCCUGCUGAAACAAAAAAGAGGGCACCACCUGCACUCUGAAUGUGACCAACAACCCAGAAGGAAGGAGUUCUGACAGGAGGAGGUGGUGGUCACUCCAUCAGGGAUUUGAGGCCCAUCAGAGGCUGUCCAUCUUCCUCUAAAAAGGAUGAGGAAUAUUUCAACAUAAAAGCCAGUUUGUCACCUCUAUUUUUAGGUGUAUAUCAAUACAUCUGGAGGUAAACCAGCUGCUUCUAGCUGUCCUGUUAGGGUUUCACUUCCCAUAAAAAUGUGUGUAUUGGAUCAUUUAUGACAACAAGCUGCAUCUUGCAUCUGGCUGUCUCUUGCACCAUUACAGUAUUUAUUACUACCAGUGACUUUUUCCCUGAAGUCCUGUCCUGCUACUGAGAAGUCAUUUGGUGUAGUUAAUUUGCUGUUACAGUGUGGACCAAGAAGAGCUGUAGGAGAAUGGUUACUGGUCACAGCAAUAAUGACCAUAGUAAUUCCAGUACUUUAUGAAUGUUUCAGAGUAGUAUAUCAUAAUAAUGACAAAUUGUGUGCAAAACUGUGGAGCAAAGAUGACUUUGACUUGAUAGGUGUGCGUGUGUGUGUGCGUGCGUGCGUGCGUGCGUGCAUGCGUGUGUUCACAAGGAGUCCUGAUUGUUGCAUUUUCUGAUGUUACAUUUUCAUUAUAUAAUUUCUUGAGUUUGUAUUUUGAGAUUUCUCCUUCACGUUAGGUAGCUCAGUUUUUGUAUCAUAGAGCCUGACAUAACAGAUCACUGUUGGCAUCAAUAUCGGGCAGACAUGUCAGAAGAACUACAUAGUCCAACUGGGCUGGAUCUUUCAAAAUAAAAGCAAAAGAAAAGGACCAACUGGAAAUUUGUAGACCCACAUGAAGAAAAGGGAAUAUGUUUUGCAGUAUUAUGAUUUGUUUGAGUGUUACUUUUAUUUAACAGCUCCUCUCUCUUUUUUAAAGUCUUUAUUAUUUUGUCAUCAUUGUUGUGUGUUGUACAGUUUCAGUCUGUUGCCCAUCCACUCAUAUCAGCUUCUAUGAUGUGAAACCCUGUCUACCUGUAGCCCCUUUUAGUUUUUCCUCUCAACACUUCACCAUACUUUCUAUCUUUUGUUUUGUUUGUGCUUACUCUGUGCUCUCAAUGAAAAUGGUGGCUAUAGAAGCAUUCAGGCCUUGCUGUGCAUAUGUGAAUUACAACAGUGUAAUAUUUAUUUGUGGGUGUGAUUAAUGGAGAGAGAGAAAAUAUUGUAUAGAUGUGAUUGUACACUACACCAUGGAGAGAAAUGAAACCUAGAACAUCUAAAA